AUGUCGAAGGAAGAAGCGGGCUGUAAGCUGGCCUCGGUCUACAAGCACAAAGAACGCAAGCCCAAGAAGCCCCACUACAUCCCCAGGCCAUGGGGGAAGCCCUAUAACUACAAGUGCUUCCAGUGCCCUUUCACCUGCAUGGAGAAAUCCCACCUUUACAACCACAUGAAGUACAGCCUGUGCAAAAACUCCCUCUCGCUGCUCAUCGAGUCGGACUGGCCCUAUAAGAAGGGUAACCUCCUGCACCCGGAUCUCCGGCUCCUGCAUGCCACAGAGGCUUCGCGGACUCGCGGGAGGUCUGAUGAGCCCGAGAUGCGUGCCUCGGGGGCCACUGGAACCACAAACCACAAGCAGGCAGCGGACAGAGAGAGCAGCGGAGACAAACUUGCAGGGACUGAAGACCUGGCCUCAGAAAGGAUGAGUGAUGAAACCAACCAGUUCCAAGAGGAGGAGGAGGAGGAAGAGGAGGAGCUGUCUGGGCUGCUGCAGGACAUGGACUCCGGGGAGAAGAAGGAGAAGGCGAAAGAGGCCAGCCCUGCUGGGGAGGACUCGGCAGAGCCUGACAUGAACACCUUGCUCUUUCGGUUUAAAAAUAAGAGGGAUAAGCCUUGCAAAGAACCCACACCAGACUUCAUCAUCACGGAUGUCUUCUCCUUGAAGAAGCACGUAGUGAAGGGGAAAGAGCCGCCUUCCCCUCUGGAGUUAGAAGCCAAACCAAAGCAUUGCAAAGUGCCCAAAAAGUGUCCCGGGACUGGGGGGGUCCUGAUGGAACAAUGGAAGCUAGUAGCCAACGGGCAAAGGAGAGGUGCCAGCGAGGUCCCAACGCUGUCCCCCGAUGGCAACAUCAUCCCCUGUUAUCCUCCGCCAGCAUACGGUGAAUACCAUGAACCCCAGAGCCUCAACCUCUCUUUGCUGGGGAUCAACUAUCCAUUGAACCCCAACCUCUUCUCUUAUCUCAGCCCUUCUGUGACCAGCAGCACCACGCCACACUCCCACCUGACCCAGCUGCCUUUCCUGGCCUCCACUGCCCAGCUGAUGCACCCCCAUUCUGCUCAUUUCCAGCCCCUGCAGAACCCUGAGAGGUCAGCCUUCCUGCCCCGCUUCUACUACCCGCUCCUCUUCGAGCAUUCUUUUGGUUCAGCAGAAAACAAGAUGGCCACCGCCAAGCCUGAGGCCCAGCAACAGCCUGCAGCUGCCAUGCCCGCUCCUCCCCAGGCCAAAACCCCCACAGAGCCCCCCAAAACUGGCCUGCUGAAGGUGCCAGUGCUGAAGAACGGCCAUCCUUGGGUGAAAGGGUUCCGGGAAGAGACGCCUCCUCCAGAAACAAGCCACAAAGCGUUGCUGCUCCAAACGGAAGAAGAGAAAUGGCUGCUCCGUGAGAAGGAGAGCGGUUCUUUCCUGGGUGUCAACAGCCUGUGCAGAAAGCCAGUCCCUGACGCCUACCGGAGCAUCGCAGGUUUAAAAGAGGGAGCCGCCCUUCUCCCCAAUAGUGUCAGGAAGGCAGAACUACCCAUGGCCACUUGCUUGGAUAGUGGAGGGACCAACCACAGCAACCUGAAGAGGAAAUUUGCAGGGAACAGCCUUGAUUUUGUAGGCUCUGAUGUACUGACUCCUGCAAAAGUCACAUACCAGGCCAGGUAUGAUGCGCUACACAGCCUCCAUCCCUAAUACAUGCUUUGUAAGAUAUCCUGUGUGGCAGGAAUGGGGAAUCUCAGACUCAGGGGCCAAAUGCAGCCCACCAAGCCUCUGUCUGGCUCUUGGGAUUCUCCCGCCACACCCCCUCUCUCCAGGCCACACCCCUCAGCAGCCCUACUUCAUACCAUCCUUGAGCCUUUUUGCCUGGCUGGGAUGUUUCCUUGAACUGUGAUUGCACGGAUGGAGGAGAGGCCGGGGUGUAUAUAUGUAAAAGAAGCCCAGUGUACAAAGAUAACAUUCACUUCCAUUGCUCCACCCACUUUUGCCUCUGGCCGCAAAUGGGCAUGUGGCCUCUGGAAAGUUGCUUGGAAGUGAAUAUGGCCCCUGAGCUGAAUUAGGUUCCCACUCCUGCACUAUAGCUUUGCAAGCAAUUUUUCUUUUAUUUUUUUAAAUGAAUUCUCCUCAAUAUGUAUACAUACAAAUAUAAAGUGGGGAAUGGGAUUAGGGUUACAUCCGGGGUUAUCAAGCUAGGGACCUCUAUUUUAACAGGCUGCUGCAGAGUCCAGGCCUGACGCUGAGUGAUGGGCACACAGACCAGAGACUUGUUAAAGCAAAGCUUAGAGUUGUUUGGAACACAUGAUGCAGUCAGGCCACUUUGGCCAUUCAGGCUGUUACUGCCUACUCUGUUUUGCAGCGGGCAACCAUGUAUCUUUCCGCCCACUAGGCACAUUGGUUACUUCCAGACAGUCUGUUCCUUGAGCAUUCAUCUCGAUUUAUUUGCACAGGGUCUGAUGGGAGGUUAGAUGGCAUCAGCUAUUUACUGAGCUUUCAUCUCAAUUCAUUUCUGAGGAUGUUAGAUGAAGUUGAGCCAUUUUUAUUUUAUCACAAAAAGUCUGUGGGCAUGUCUUCAAGCUGCUGUGGUAUUUGGCUAGGAAUCAAUCACAUACUGGCAAAUUAAGGUGAUGCUGAUUGGGAGUUGCCUGGGAGCUCUUGCAGAACAAACCCACUUCCCCAAAGAUUACAAUAAGGAAAGUGGCUGGGAAACUGCACUGGUAGGUGUGGGGUGACACUUGCUUUGAUGAAACGUAAUCUAAUCUCCCUGCACACAAAUCAGAAAGAUUGCUCAUUAAAUAGCCAACAUCAUGUAAUAUUAUAUGAUGUUCCUCUUGCUGCCCUUAUCAGAAAAGUUCAUUGCAAUGGUGGUGGUAGGGUUGUUGAAGAAUACAUGGAAAUGAAAGGCUGCAAUGCCCUGUGGUUCAGCCACUAUACAAAACAACAUCUGCUACUAGGGAGCUGUCAUUGAAAAUAUUACCAAAGUGGUAUUUGGCACCAAGGAAGUUAUCCUUGCUAAACCCUAAUGCUUCUCCUAUAUGUUGGAGAGGGUGAAGUUUGGUCAGUACAUACCUCCACAUGUGGUAGGAUUGCCCCAGGUGCAAGAGUUUGGGAAGGUGAUAUGCCAGGAUACCAAUGUGAUUCCCGGUCAAUGGAUACAUUGACCAAUGCUGGUCAACACUGGACCAACAUCCAUCUCCAACACUGUGUUUCUGGAUAUAAAUUUAAACAUUAAUCAUAAAGAGAUGUUGAGUCCAUUUACUCUCAGUUGCAGAAGCAAUUGUAGCUCAGAAUUGGAAGACACUUCAGAAUGUAAAUAUUGUACAAAAAAAGUGGCAAUGGUACAAAAAAAUGUGCUCUUUCAGAGAAAAACACAAAACAAAGGGUAAUGCCAAAUCAAUUUAAAUUUUGCAAUCUGAAUUUGUUGAUGUGACUGAUUCCCACCCAAGAAUAGUUACAAUCUGGAAGUGCCCCUUGCAAACUCAUUCAACCAAACUAGAGAGGUCUUAUUUUACCUUAGAUGUUGUUCUGUUUUUUUGCACUACUUCAUUAACAGUUCUCUUCCACCCUGUCUGUUUUUUGUCCCUCUACCUUUAGCAGUUUGAGAGCUGCCCCUAUGCAACCCUCAAAGUCUCUGGACCAUUGGCACGUAGAACUCCAUGCCUGCCCACCUGAAGACCAGGAAAAGAUUGGCGGCUCUGACAUUUUAUCCCCCAUAAUUACACCUUCGGACCACCUACUUCUCAAGCCAAGCAAAGCAGAAGCUGUAACUAUUGACCCGAGAGACCCAGAGGCAACAACAGUGCUCAUUGGUGACUUGUCCAAAACUUUAGAGGAGUAUCAGGAUGUGGAGAAGAAGCUCUCGGACCUGGCCAAAGAGGACAGCCCAGCACAGAAGCAGCUAAGGGACCAGCUAAUCAAAAUCCGGCAGGAACUGUUCCAUAUCCAUCAAGCGCUGGAGAAGGCAGCCAAGCCCAGUGAGGGCCCUUUGGAUCUCUCGGUGAAAAGGUCCUCAAAAGGUUUGGAGAAAGGAUACCAGGACAAGAAGGAACCCAAGGAUGCCCUUGGUGUUGGGAAGGUCUAUGACAAAGAUCCAGGUUCCAUCAAUAGAUGCUUGGUGGUGGGUGAAGCUAGCGAAGAGGAUGAGGCAUCUGAUCGUCUUGUUGAGACAGAGAACAAAACCAUUGACCUGUUGAUCAAAAUGAGUCGUUCAGAGGCUCUCCGGAGAAGCUCCUCUUCAGACACCCACCUGGGAGCCGUCAUCAAAGCCGAGGUGCUCCCACUCACUGUCCCACUAGAACUCAGGCACGUGAUGGAGCCCUAUUACAGCCGUACCACCAAGUGUGAGGCAGACUCCAGUGUCCUGCUGUGCACAGAUGGGAGACCCAACCCCAACCCAGGCCCACCACUUCCUGUGACCGAAGACAUCCCGACAAUGGGGUGUCGAGCCAUCCCACGCUCCCUGUCAUGUGGUCUGCCAAACGAGACAGACAGGGUGUGCAUCCACAGUCCUAUAAACACAGACCCGUGA